CGAUGCCCAGAGAGCAGUCCCCCAACAACAUGCUAGUCUGGUGGACCUGGAACGGCUUGACUAUAGCGUCGCUGCCUGGGGCUGUGACGUCUAUGGGUGACUAUCGGAGAAGGAUUUUUUCCAACUCUCGUGAAUCCUUUGAACUUGAUAUAAUCCCAACAAGGAUGACAGACAGUGGAGAAUACCAGUGUUUGUAUAAAACCAGCGAUACUGAGGAUGCAAGGCCAGGGAUACCAGAGAGUAUCACACUGACGGUAGUGGAAACGACCACGACAGAUAUUGAUACCCCAUGGGCUGUUACCACUGAUGAGACCAAAGGAACAACAGAGGACUGGGUCAGUACAACACACUGGCCGAUAGUGUCUACGACAGAAGAAGUGACUGUCACAGAUCCUAUACAUGUUCUUCUGGAAGGUUCUACACAGCCAAUUGAAGUCACGACAGUGUUGCAGCCAAUGGAAGCCAUUGAGGAGACGCAAACAUCAGGUCCAAACGAAGUUCCAGUCGACACAGCCGCCCCAGACAAUGUCCCGUGGGUUCGAUAUGGACUGAUCGCUGCAGUGUUGCUGCUGACCGCCGUGGUUCUGUGUAUCCUGAAAGCAGCGCAGAGGAUCUGAAAGGAUGAGCAGGAUGGAUCAAGUCGAACCUUUGCUGCUCAGCGGACCUUUGUACUUAAGGGGGCUUUUGAGAUGUGUGCCCAAGGAAAAGAUGCCUUGUUGACUUGACUCACCACAUGAUCCGGGGUUGACUGUGACUGUGGACUGAAUACAAGAUACAACAGGGCUGAUUUGGGAUCAGAUUUCUGGACUUCUGUAAAGGAACCUGUGUGCAAACCAUGUGUGAUGUUGUCCAGAGGAGCAAUGAUAUACUGUAUCAUGGUCAAAUUGGUUUUGUACAUUCAGACACAAUUUGUUGUUGAUUUUAUUACUUAUUCUCUGACAUAGAUUAGACUUUUAUAAGCAUUAGCAAUCAUGGAUGCAUUUUGCUUUUAUAUUUGUUGCCGACUUAGUGAAGAAUCAGUGUGUGUUGAUAGCAUGAUGUCUGCUUAAUGCUUCCUGUGUGUGUGUGCUCCUCAGCCCUCUCUGUCAGGAAUGAAGAACAGGUGAAAUUCAAUAUAGAAAGACACUGUGGCAGAGUGCUGUAUAAGGCAGUCAUUUAAGCCAUGUGAACUUCAGCAGCAAAUCUAUGUGAGUACAGUCUAUAGGGUGAGCCACUGUCACUAUAAUAAUAAUACACGCACUAUAAUAAGCUUUGAAGUCUGUCACCUGUAUUUAUGCUUGUGCUUAAAUCCAUUUCUGCCCAAGUAAAACAAAAAUACUUUACGUUAUAAGGAAAGAGGGCGUGCUGCGUGUAUUACCUUACAGUAUCUUUUCUGAUAUUGAGUUCAUGCAGUAUUGGCCAUGCAUAAUAGGGCCCCUUUAAAUUGAAGAAAUAUACUUUUUACUUAUCUUACAGCUUUAUUUACUUGUUAUUUCACAAAUUAAGAAAAAAAAACAGAAGAAUAAAAGAUACGGUGUGUUCUUUAAAUUAAUCUAGCCAACCCUUUAUACAGGAAAAGUGUUGAGAAUGAAUGAAUUAGCCCAUUCAAAUAUAAUUUAUUGGCAUUUAUAAACA